GUUUGUGUUUUGAACGUGGAAACUCAACAUUUUUUUUACCCGCUAGUCUUCCGUGAUAUGACGUUAUUGCUGCUGUCAGCCUUGACCUCAGUUGUAAGUCUUGCACUAUGCGAUUAUCAGUGUGUGUGUAAUCAUCAUACACAGAGAGGAAUAUUUGGCUCACCAUCACUAAAUUCACCACCUCUAGGUUUCCUGUACAAAGACGAAUGUAAAGCGUACGUAUGGCAACCAAACUUGGACACACAGUGGGUGGCUGUACAGUUCUUCCACAUGAUUGCUUACAUUCAGACGGACAGUGCGGUAGAUGUCAUACAAUGUAAAGGAUCAGUUCCUGACGAAGACAGAGCCAGUACAAUGUUUCCGCUAACCACGAUUAAACCCGGACAGAGCAGUAGCAUUACAACUAGCCCACCAUACACGGUGACAAAUCCAGUUUCUACAGGACAAUAUUCUUCAAAAGCAAUACAGCAACAGACGUUUUCUAGUUCCACGUCAACAUUAAGCUCACAACGAACAACAAUAUUGCCGACUACUUCAAGACUGCCACCUUCUACAGCUGCCCCUAUCACUGCACAAGUAACAUCUAAACCGGUCAGCAAACAUCAUUCAACUAUAAAACCAUCCACCGCACCUGUUCUGACUGGACAUACAGAGUUAUGUCCCAGUAACGUCCAAAGAGGAGCGCACAUCAGUGGUUUCUUGUUGGGACAAUAUCAACACAGUUGUUUCGAGGUCUGUAACCAACCCGUGUCAUGGCACCAUGCCGAUUCGCUGUGCAAAGGAAGGGGAGGGCACCUAGCAUCUUUGAAUACUCAUGCCCAAAACAGUUAUCUUCACACGUUCCUGACAAAUCAUUUUCACGAUAAAUCAUUUUGGAUUGGCUUGAAUGACAUACAUCAAGAGGAACACUUCCAGUGGUCUUCAGGCGAGAAAGUGUCUUUUAUGAACUGGGAACAACAUCGAAAGAAUCAGUAUCACUUACGGGAAGACUGUGCAGUCAUACUGAAAGACGGCAAAUGGGACGACAGAGACUGUGGUAGUAAUUUUGCUUUCACAGAGUUUCUACACACCCGGUUUCCAUACGUGUGUGAAUACGGUGUAACUACUGGAGCACCAAUCAUCGGAUAGAAUGGUACACGUGACUGAAUAUAGUAACUGGAUAUUGUUAAUAUUGCUGGAUUUAUUUGGGCAUAUGAAAGUACUACUUAUAUCUUGUUUUUCUUAAAAUCUUUUGUUUUAAAAUUUAAAGUGAACGGACUUGUUUCGCUGGGAGUAGUUUUAAAAGAUGCAACAACGAUGUAGUUAAAUUCUAAUAUGAAAGAUAAUAUAUGCUAAUUCAGUCAAAAUAGAUUCUUACACCUACUGUGACUUUA